GCCAAUUCUGACCCAGAAUACUCGCAUCAUAUAUAUCUGUAGAGUGUAGACCCCCAAUUUCAUCGAACAUAUCGUGUGGCAGUAGUGAUCGAAAAUCCCUCCAAUCAGAAGUGAAUGAUGUCGUCUUCAAUUGGAUUUCUGCAGCCGCAAUUAUCAUCAUCAAGGAUUCCAUCUUUCCCAUCUUCAUCUGUAUCUGGACCCACCACCAUCAGUCUCUCCGCCCUGCGCUUCCACACCAUCUCAAAACCCGGUUCUCACAGUAUUCAAACUCAACCUCCUUCAACAAGGAUUCAAUGCUUUGCUGCAUUAAGUCCUCAGCUGAAGACUACUUUAGAUCAAGUAGUUACAUCACACAAGGUCAUCCUUUUCAUGAAGGGAACGAAGGACUUCCCGCAAUGUGGUUUCUCAAAUACAGUUGUUUCCAUUUUGAAAGCAGUUGAUGUACCUUUUGAAACAGUUAACAUUCUCGAGAAUGAAAUGUUGCGUCAAGGCUUAAAGGAAUAUUCUCAAUGGCCAACAUUUCCACAACUCUACAUCGAUGGGGAGUUCUUUGGCGGUUGUGACAUCACUGUUGAUGCAUACAAGAGUGGAGAGCUGCAGGAGCUAUUGGAGAGGGCAUCACUAUCCUGAUUGAUUCACGUUUGUAUUAUUACUCCAUAAUUGUAAUGAAACAUGUUACAGAAGAUCCUAUACCAUAUUCCAUUAUGCCCUUGAGUUUUUAUACUCGAGGGAGGUUCUUGAAGUUGUAUCUAUAAAAUAUGGUUCUUUUGUGCUUAAUGGAGAAAAGAUACAUAGAUUGUUGUA